ACGUUCUGCAAGCACUUACGCAUUGCAUAGUUCGGUGUGCAAGUAGGCCUUCAUCACCGUUACUCAGUGACUCCUUGUCCCUCUCAGAGCCAAUAUGCAGAUUUUUGUUAAAACGUUGACGGGCAAGACGAUUACUCUUGAGGUUGAGUCAUCUGACACGAUAGAAAAUGUGAAGGCCAAAAUCCAGGACAAAGAGGGCAUUCCUCCCGACCAGCAGCGGUUGAUCUUCGCUGGCAAGCAACUAGAGGAUGGGCGUACGCUGGCAGACUACAAUAUCCAGAAGGAGAGCACACUGCACCUGGUACUGCGUCUGCGCGGCGGCAUGCAAAUCUUUGUGAAGACCCUCACCGGCAAGACCAUCACGCUGGAGGUGGAGUCGUCUGACACGAUUGAGAACGUGAAGGCGAAAAUUCAGGACAAAGAGGGCAUUCCCCCGGAUCAGCAGCGGUUGAUCUUUGCUGGCAAGCAACUAGAGGAUGGGCGCACGCUCGCCGAUUACAACAUCCAGAAGGAGAGCACGUUGCACCUGGUGUUGCGCCUUAGGGGUGGCAUGAUGAUCAAGGUGAAGACGCUCACAGGAAAGGAAAUUGAGAUCGACAUUGAGCCAAGCGACACUAUCGAACGGAUCAAGGAGCGAGUGGAGGAGAAGGAGGGCAUUCCGCCGGUGCAGCAACGUCUCAUCUUUGCUGGAAAGCAGAUGAACGACGACAAGCAGGCCAAGGACUACAACAUCGAGGGCGGGUCGGUCCUUCAUUUGGUGCUCGCGCUGCGUGGUGGCCUGUAAUAUCGUGCAGAGCUGAGCGGGAGGCGCUUUCCUAAGCUGUCAAGAUACCAGUAUUAGGCAAAUGGCCGCGGCGGGGGUUCCGGCUGCCUGCGUCCACUGUGGCUAUGAGGACGAGAAUGAUGGGGCCGUGUUCGCGGCUUAGCCGGGGUGAUGCCAUAUGCGUGCGGGUGGCACAUAGCUGCGGUGGUCCAAGUACAUGUUUGUAACAAGGGCAGCCGUGAGGAACAAUAAAUGGAUGCGGGGCUAAGGCGUCUGCGGACUGAGGACUUGCGAACUUCAGUACAGUUCUGCCGAGAAGGACGAGCCUGAGGAUUCGUUGUCCUGGAGGGCAAACGGUUCAAGAUCCGGUUAUUGGUUCCAGCGCCAGCGUGCUCACAUUCUGCAGCAUGUCAUCGUGGUCAAAUUCAGGAUGUUACAAGUUACAAGUUCCGCACGUGUGCGGGGGGGUCCCUCCAAGCCGGGAGGCCAUGGACUAUAUGUAUUGAAAGUUGAUUCC